AACCCCCAGAAAAAACCACCCACCCACACUAUUACAAAAAUAAAAUUGUUUUUUAAAAAUCAAUUCCCAAAAAGAGAAAGACUGGCGGUGUGAAGCACGGCAAGCUCGCUAGGAAGACAAAGCGAGAGAGAUUUUGAUUUAGGGUUUCGGAUCGCAAAGAUGAAGCGCAAAGACCUUGAUGAUGACAUAGACGACGCCUUCUACUUUCCUUCCUCUAAAUCCAGGAGACUGGAUGCUGACUUAUUUGCAACUGUAAAUGAAGACCCAAGAAGUGCCGCUCAGGUGUUUGAAGAAAGGCCAUCUGAAGGCACCAUUUUGAUGCAAACAGAUGAUUUGCCGAAGGACCCAUUGCCUUCAGGUGAUGAGAAAGCAAUUGUGCUCUAUAACCCCGCGAACAUGCCGCCGCUUCUCAAAUCCCCCGACUCGCGGGAUUUCUCUCUGAUUGUGAAUUCAGAUUUGAUUCCGGGUUUAAGGGAUCAUAUCUAUUCAUGGGGAAAUUCAAAGUCGCUGAAACCGGCAGAGGAUCGUGUGGCUGAAGAGGAAAACAAAGAAGUUUCAAAUGGCUGUUUGGCAGUUGUUCCCUGGGUUGCAUCUAAGUUCCCUCUAGCAUCAAGAGAACAGGCAGCGAGUCAGUCAGAGGAGCCCAUGGAAGCUGAGGAAGUUGAAAUGAUGGACACAGAUAACAACGGUUACAAUGCCGGGGAAGCUCCCGGGUUUGGCAGAAUGAUGGAAGGAUCGGGUGGGUUACAACACUGGCAGCAAAAGCAGCUACAUUGGUUGGAGCCAAAGCUCGUCCAAAAUAAUUAUACUCCUGUCACGUAAUAACUAGUUCAACCUCCCAGUUCUUAGCAGACUCACUGUAGUUUUAUUUUAUUAAACUGAACUUGAUGAAAUUUUCCACUUCGGGGAGUUUUCCACACUCUAAAUUGUUUUAGGUUCUUUGGAAAUCCCCUUUUAGAACUCUCAAAUAAACCACGGAUUGUUUGUACUUCAAUUCUAUGAAUGUUCACAAAUGAUUGUUUGUACUUCAA